UUGCUUUUUCUCAAAGGGUAUGUUUGUGCUUCUUCUCUCUAUACCUAUUCUUUAUCAAUCCUCUAUAUUUUUGUGAUGAUUUUAGUUAACUCUACUGUAAUGAUGCAUCUCCCUCAUUUGUCGUAUACCAAUUUGCGUCUACAAAUUACUGAAAAAUUGUGUUUGCAGAUGUUUACACUGCAGCACACUGCAUUUCUUUUCCAGGUGCCACGGAACAGGGUUUCACCUCAAUGGCUGACAUAUCUAAGCUCUCCCAUUCGUUCCCCUUUUCAUUUUCUACCUAAUCAAAGCUCAUCCCAAAGGGCAAAAACCACAGAUUUCCUAACCUUAUUUGAAGAAGAAGACAACAACGAUGCUGAUGGGGUUGGCGAUUUUCAAGGUAGAGAAGAUAAUGAGAAGAAUUAUGACAAAGAUCCUGAACUUGCUGAUAUUCUUGGGACCUGUCUUGAUGAUCCCGAUAAGGCUAAGUCAAGGUUGGAGGAGAGAUUGAGAAAGAAAAGGAAUAAAAUUGUACAUACAAAGACAGGCUCACCAACACCCAUGACAGUGGAAUUCAACAAAUUUGAUUAUUCGAACACUUACAUAUGGUUUGAGUUCUACAAUGCCCCACUGGAGAAGGACAUUUCCUUGAUUUGUGACACAAUUCGGUCUUGGCACAUUGUUGGACGUCUUGGUGGAUGUAAUUCGAUGAAUAUGCAAUUGUCCCAAUCUCCUUUGGACAAAAGACCAAAUUAUGAUACUGUUCAGGGGGCAAAUGUAACACCUACUACAUUCUAUAACAUUGGAGAUGUUGAGAUUCAAGAUAACUUGGCUCGCAUAUGGGUUGACAUUGGGACAAGUGAGCCUUUACUGUUGGAUGUAUUGAUUAAUGCUUUGUCACAGAUAAGCUCCGAUUAUGUAGGUAUCAAACAAGUAGUAUUUGGCGGAUCUGAAUUUGAGAACUGGAAGGAGAACUUGACAUCGGAGGAUGCCGUUUACAGUGUUCACAAGAUAUAGAUGAUUUAUUGAUUCUGAAAGCUUCUGGUUAGAAGAUGAAACACAGUCAUAGGAGGUAAAGGGCUUUAAGAAGUGGCAUUUGGCAACACAAAAGCAACUAGAGAGCAGGUUUUACCACUCGGGCUUUCAAGCUGCUAAUACUAGUGCAUGCUAGUAUCAGUGUAUGGGACAAAAACAGUAUUAAUAGAAAGCUGCAAGUUGUCCAUACCAUAGAAA